AUGGGUGAAGUGACAGUAGAAGUAGAUGAGGAGGUGACGAAACAGGACGUCUCCUUUGAGCCACUCCCAGAGCCUCUUCUGAUAAUUCUGUCCCCGCCUCCACCUUUCUUACCUGUCCCUGGUGAACCCACCAUGUUUUGGCACAAGUGGCUUAAAGCUUUUGAACACUACCUCGAAGCGCUCGGUGAAAACGAGCUGGUUGACUCCAGUAAGUGUGUACUUCUACAGAACUGCCUUGGCCCAGAGGGGCAGCGUAUCUACACAACACUGAUCCAUGGUGAAGCCACGUAUGCUGCAGCCAUCUCAACGUUGGCGGGGUAUUUUGACUCUGACCACACCUCUCAGAAGUACCGCCUUAAGUUCCACCAGAGGGCUCAGUUGCCUGGAGAGACCGUAGAUCAGUUUGCAUCUGCAUUAGAGGAACUGCUGAGGCCUUGCAACUAUGGAGACUUACAAGAUAAACUUAUGUUGGCUCAGCUAAUUGAGAAAACAAACUGCCCACAACUAAAAGAGAGGCUACGGUUGGAGAGGGAAACGCUGACCUUGGCUGCAGCGUUAAUUAUCGGUAAAGAGGUGGAAUCCUCUUUAAAUGAAUCUGAACUGUUUGGUUUUCACGAGGUCAGUGUGGAUAUUGGAGAUGAUUUAGAUCCUCCUGUUCAAAGGAAGGCCAAAAGAGGACGACCUCGGCGCGGGGAGAAAAGAACAAAAGCUAAACCACGCUCGACAAAAACCCCAACAAAACCGUCUAGGUACAAAGACAACUACUAUUACAGUGAUGAUAAGCUAUAUUAUAGUGAUAAUAAUGAAGAUAAGUCCAAGAGUGCAGAUGAGACUAAUCCAGCUUGUGAUAAAACCAGCAAUAAAGGUGAUAAUGAUGAAAGUCAAGCCUCGUCAUCAUCACAGACGAUGGAGGAGGAAGGCUGCGACAAGGCUAGUAAUGAUGACGACGACGACGACAAUGAUGAUGAUGAUGAUGAAGAUGAAGACUUUGUCGUUUCCUUGGACAAUUCAAAAGGCCCCCACUGUCCCAUCUGUAUUGAUAGGCGCUUCAGAGAUGCAAACAAGCUCGCCAGACACAUGAGGACGCACACAAAGGAGAAACCGUUCACCUGCCCCAUCUGUGCCACGACCUUCAGCCAGUCGUACCACAUGACCCGACACCUGAGGAACCAGCACGGCGCGGGACAACACGUCUGCUCCACGUGUGGGAAAAGUUUAGGAAGCUUUUCAGAACUGCAAAGUCAUAAGAGGAUGCAUACGUUGCAAGUCCUGUCAUGUCCCGACUGUCAUGAAAAAUUCACUAAUAAUGGUGCGUUUCUUAUGCAUAUCAUGUCGCAUAGAAAAAAACAGUCCACUCAGACAGCGAGACGGAGUUUCCAGCGAAGUGAUGAAGUGAAAAACGAAGCAAUAAUUGAAUCAAGUAAGAAGAAGAAUAAUGAGAGUGAGGAUUGCAAUGAUAAUGUUUCUGAGAAUAAUGCAGACUCUGCUGGUAAUGGGGAUUCUCAGGAGAAAAGAUCUGGAGUUAAUGUUAAGACAGAAGUCAAGGACACAAAUGAAGCUAAAUCUCCAGAUGGAGGAAGUAAGAAAGAAAAAGACGCCUCUAAAACAAAAACAAAAGGUCAUUUUUGUCCCAUCUGUGUUGACAGGCGCUUCAGAGGUCCAAACAAACUUGCCAGACACAUGAGGACACACACAAAGGAGAAACCGUUCACUUGCCCGGUCUGCACUUUGACCUUCAGCCAGUCCUACCACAUGACCCGACACCUGAGGAACCAGCACGGAUUGGGCCAGUACAUCUGCUCCAAAUGUGGGAAAAAUUUAAGUAGCUGGUUGGAACUGAAAGCUCACAAGAAGACUCAUGCAGUCGAAGGCCUGACGUGUCUUGCUUGUGAUAAACAGUUCAAGGAGAAGGCUGCACUAGCCAGUCAUCUCAAACUACACAAGAAGGUCCAGUCCAGUCCUCGAAGCCUCAUCUGCGGCGACUGCGGCAAAGUAUUUGGUCGAAUGUAUCAUUUGAAAAGGCACAUAGUAACCCAUCGCAAAGCAGCAAACGGUGAGUGUUACACAUGUCCUGAUUGUCAGAAGAACUUUGCCUUCCCGGAGGACCUAAACAAACACCUGGAGAUUCAUGUGAAAGAAAACAAUGGGACAUGUCCGAAAUGUAACGAAACCUUCAACAGUCCAGAAGAACUGGAGACGCACAUGGGGGUUCAUGAAAAGUCUUACACCUGCAACACCUGUGGAAAGAAGUUUAAGGUCGAGUACGCACUGAAGAAGCACGAGCAAGGCCACCAGAACGAACAGUAUUACUGUUCGUUGUGCCGCAAGCGCUUCAUCAAGCUGUCUCACUACAAGAGGCACAUACUGGUCCACGACAGGCGGGAAUCUAGAUGUCCACAUUGUGACAGCGUCUUUCUACAGUUAACGGCCUUGAAAUAUCACCUGCGGACUCAUACUCAAGAAAGACCAUACCAGUGCACCUGCUGUAUUGAGACCUUUGAGGUAAAGGAAGAUUUGGAGCAACACUGUCUCAAACACAGGAAAUUCAAAAAGGAGAGGCCGUACUCGUGCACUCGGUGUGAUUUGGCUUUCUCCACGCUGAUGGAGCUGACGGAACACAUGAGCACCCACGAGGGAGAGCAGCCGUUGAACUGCCCCGUCUGUGGCAGGACUUUCUUGAACAAGAACAAACUGGAGAAGCACCUGAGCAUCCACUCGGGGGAGAGACCUCACCUCUGCUCCAUCUGCGGCAACGGCUUCCCGUCCGCCGCCAGCCUCAAGUUACACAUCCACAUCCACACCGGAGAGAAACCCUUCCAGUGUUCGCAGUGCAGCAAGAGCUUCAGGUCGUCCAGCGGGCUGCGGCUCCACAGCAGACAGCACAUGGAGGUGCGGCCCAGCUACGAGUGUCCUGAGUGCGGCAGGACUUACGGUCGCAUGACGGAGCUGAAGAUGCACCAGCGGUAUCACACGGGGGACAAACCUUACACAUGCACCUGCUGCAACAAGCGCUUUAUUAGCAAAGACAAACUGAACGUUCACAUGAGGAUACACACAGGGGAGAGGCCAUACUCCUGUCCCCACUGUGGACAGACAUUUACACAGACCGGGGACAGAAAUAGACACAUCAGUAAAUACCACUAGUUCGAUUCUGUAAUAUCACAACUCCAGUGAAGCUUUGGUUUUGAAUUAUUGUGCCUGUGGUUUUGCAUGUUUGUAUGGGUGGGUGUCAUUAAGAAUCAAUUCAGACUCAGAUUUUUGUAAUAUUAUUUGAGAAAGAAUAAGAAACCAAAAUAUAUUUAAAGCCCUAAUUUAGCUAGAUUUAAGCUGCCAUGAGCACUCGAUUGUCAUGAGUGAUGAGACUUUGAUUCAUUUGGUAAAAUUAAUAAUUCUCUGUUGUAGAAAACAAAAUCGAAAACAACACCAUAAAGUACAUCCUUAAAAUGAUCAAUCAACCAAUUUCCAUUCACCACCUCUCUGACACAGUCUAAACAGAAAAUAACCAUUGUAAGUUUUACAAAGAUGAUAUUGCUAGGACUGGGGAUCAUUAUUAACAAUAAUCUAAAUGAUACUUUUCAGUACAUAAUGUGUGUUUCUAUAAAAAGCCUUUGUUAAACAAGCCAAAUGUGUAAACACAAGCUUUGUAUUGAUUCAUUUUAAUCAAAACCUGUCUGAUCAAAAAGUAAGUAAAGUGCAGUCUGCACAAUCAUUCUGUUCUUUUCUUCGAUCCCAGAUACUUAAAAUGCCUUUUGGUCAACAUCAACAAAAAUUGGAUGGGAGUGUUAUUGGAUUGUACAGGGGUGUCUGUUUUUCUAGUAACUGUGCAAAGUACUGGAGUAAACAAAGCACUAGCUGAGUCAUUACACCCUAAUACAUUGGGAUUGUUUUGUUGGCAAACCUUUUAAUGGAUUGAGGGCAAAAACAUGCAAAAUCACUGUACUAGUGUCAAAACUGAUUUCUCUGUGCAGCAUAACAAGCUAUGCUCUUUUCUGCAAGCUUCAAGUCUGGACUCUUCAAAAGCACUACAUCACCACUCAAUACAAUCUGCAUGAGGGUUUACUCCCUGUAAUUCAUCCCUCCCACCCUUGUGCCUGACACAUCCUUCAUGCAGCACUUUUCUCAUUCAAGCUUCCUGAUCUUACCAACAAACACUUGUAACACGCAUGUGAACUUCUAUCAUCUGGUCUUUCCGAGGUCCACAGUUACACCGAGAUUGGUCUCACACACACACACA